AUGAAUAUCCAACCUUCUCCCUCUGGAUCUUCAUUAAUAAGAGCAGGAUUUUUUUUUAACUUUUCAUUAAAUUUAAUAAUACGGCCUGCAGCCGGUGCAUACACCUCAGCAACUGCCUUCACCGCCUCUAGAGAACAAACAGGAUCUCCUUUAUUGACAUAUAUUGGCUCUUGUCUUUUCCUCUCUCUCUCAGAAGAAGCAGAAGCACAAGCAGAAGGAGAAGAAGAAGAAGCAGAAGAAGACGCAGAAGAAGGUGUAGAAGAAGGAGAUGAAGAAGAAGAAGUAGAAGCACAAGCAGGAGAAGAAGAAGAAGUAGAAGAAGUAGAAGGAGAAUUAGAAGUAGAAGUAGAAGAAGAAGAAGAAGAAGAAGAAGAUGCAACUGUUUCAAUAAACACCACCUCCCCAAGUUCUUCUGCUGCAAAGGCAGAAAUACCUACCGCUGCCUCUGGACCGUCUGGAGUUAAGAAAGAAAGAUAUUCAUGA